CGGUUCUGUGGGCAUGGCUUGGUGGGGGGUUAAUGUGACUGGGUGGGCGUGGCCAAUUUUUUAUUUAUGUUUUUACUUUUAAAACCAUUUUUUCUACAACCUCUUCAGCGAAAAAAUGCUUUCAAAAGGCUCUGACAAUCCCAGCUGAGUUGCCUGAUUGGCAGAGGCUUUUUUUCUUCUAAAUGCCUCUGACGAUCAGGCGACUCAGCUUGGAUCGUCAGAGGCAUUUAAAAGGAAAAAAGCCUCUGAGGAUCGCAUGGCUCAGCUGGGCAAUGGGGGAGGCAGGGAUUUUUGCUACCGGUUCUCCGAACCACCGGCCUCUAUCGCUACCAGAUCAGGCGAUCUGGUCCGAACCAGGAGCAUUUUGCCCCUGGGAGGAUCCAUUGUGACAGCCUCCUUCAGUGCUCUGCCAGCAAAAACAGAGCUUCGGAAGGCCAUGGGCAGCCCUCCUGAGCUCCGCUUUCGGCUGCGACAGCCUCCUGCAGCUCUCUGCCAGGAAAAUGGAGCUCAGGAGGGCCGUGCGUGUGUCUGGAGUUCCUGCGGGCCAGAUCUAAGCACCUCGGUCUGGGUCAGCCAGGGGGACGCAAUUAAAGUGAGAAACCUGGCACCUUUUCGGUGCAAGAUGGCCCAGGGGGCGUCGCUAGAAAAUGCAGGGAAAGCUCCCGUUUUCUCCUCCCCCCCAAAUGGGGCCUUGGGCAGUCCCUCCCUCACCUCAAGAAGGGGGUCUCUCUCCCCCCAUCUUUUCUCUUCUAUCCCCGCAGUCCGGGCUGACGGGAUUGGCAUCAGCAGCAGCUGGAAAUGGCGUUGCAACAGCUUGGAGCUUCGUUCUGGGAGCUGAGGAUGAGGAGGAAACCCCAGGGAAAGGUCCGGAUGAAGACUUCGAAGAGCUGACGAUGGAAGGGGUGGACAACGAACUCCGGCUGAUCCUGGUUGGAAAAUCCGGAGGCGGGAAGAGUGCCACGGGCAAUACCAUCCUCGGCCGGAGGGAGUUCGAGUCCAUCUUGGCGGCAAAAACCAUCACCCUGAAGUGCCAAAGGGGGCAGGGAAGCUGGAAGGGCAGGAAGAUCUCCGUGGUCGACACGCCCGCCAUGUUUGAUUCUGAAGAUUAUGAUGAAAUUGUGCACGAUGAGAUCAGGGAUUGUGUCAAACUCUCCCGGCCUGGCCCCCAUGCCCUGAUUUUUGUAACCCAGGUGGGGCGCUUCACCGCAGAAGACGUGGCUGCGGCAAAGUGUGUCCAGCAAAUUUUUGGGGCUGAGUCCACCAGUCACAUGAUCCUCCUCUUCACCUGCGUGGAGGAUUUGGGCGGGGAGCCCCUGCAGGAGUACGUCCAACAGUCCGACAACUGGAAUCUGCGGGAACUGAUCCAGCGGUGCGGGAACCGCUUCUGCGGGUUCAACAACAAGUCCAAGGGAGCCGAGCGGGAGACGCAGGUCUCGGAGCUGAUGGAAAUGGUGGAGAGAACCGUUUAUGAGAACGGGGGGAGAUUCUACAUGAACCACCUGUAUGAGGUGCCCAACUUAUGGGACGCACACAUCCAGAUGUUGAGUGAGCAGAAUCAACUGGCAGAGGGAAUCAAAUACAUCCUCUUGAUCUCUCUAGAAAAGUUCAUUUCAGUGGGUCAAUUCCUGUUAUCAUUCUUAGAUGAUGACAUGAAUGCAGACAGAGGUCCCCCUCAACUUACAACCAGUACUUCUCUGACCGUUCCGAGUUCUAACGGCCCUGAAAAAACAGACUUAUGAUCAUUUUUCACCCUUACGACCAUUGCAACAUCCCCAGGAUCAUGCAAUCAAAACGCGGGUGUGUGGCAACUGACUCAUCUUUAUGAUGGUUACAACGUCCCGGGCUCACAGGAUCCCCUUUGGCGAAUCCAGUCGGCAAAAUCCAGGGGGAUUCACUGAACAACUGUGUUACUAACUUCACCCCUGCACCAAUUCGCUUAAGAGCGGUUGCAGGCAAGGUUAUAAAAUGGGCCAAGCUCACUUAACCGUCUGCUGAACAACAGAAAUGGGUUCAUUUGGUUCAGCUGUGGUUGUAAGUUGAGGUCUUCCUGCAUCGGAACUUCACCGUUCCUCCAAAUCCAGAAAUGAUGUGAUUUUUUAAAUUCUGCCUUUCUUCGCUAGAGAAAUAAACAAUUGCAGAGCUGGUGUCCUCUCCACUUCUCUUUUGCCUUUGACUGCUGAAAUGUGUGGGGGGGGCGGAGGGGGGAUCAGCCAGGGGUCUUCCUCUUUGAAGACCCUCCUCCACCUUCUCAACGGCAGCAGGACCCUGCCCCAUAGCCUCUCAAGGCCAGCCUGGCCUAAUGUACAAUUAUGAUGAUAAUAUUGAUAGAAUAAAUCUGAAAAGAAAUUGAAAGAAAGUAUAUAAUUAUGUAUAAGAAAAGUACAUUUUAUAUUAUGUGUAUAAAAAUAAAACUGAAAAAACUUAUUAAAAGAGAAUAUAUAUGAUUAAAAAUGGAGAAAAUAGAAUUUGAGGGCAAAAGAAGAUAUUGUUUAUUGAAAUAAGAAUAGAAAUGUUAAGAUUUGAUUAAAAAUAUGGAAAAAACACUUUGGCAGAAAUUGUAACUAAGUAAAAUAUAUUUGGAUAUGAUAAGUUGUAUAUGAUGUGAUAUGAUAUGAUAUGAUAUGAUAUGAUAUGAUAUGAUCAAUACUGUGUUUCAUAAAAUAUGUAGGUGUGUAUUAGGGGAGAAAAAAACGAAUAAAACUUGAUUCAAAAAACCAAAAA